AUGGUUGCCCCACGUCUUGCUUUGAUUUCCAAGAAAACCAUUAAACCAUCAUCUCCAACCCCAUUGUCCCAUAGAAUUAAAAACCUUUCCAUAUUUGAUCAACUUAAUCCAUGUUCAUACAUGGCAUUUGCCAUGUUCUACCCAAAGCAAUAUAAUCCAACUCUCCCAGUUGAACCUACUCAUAUAUCUACAAUUCUUGAGAAUUCCCUCUCAAGAGCUCUUACUUCUUACUAUCCAUUGGCUGGAACAAUCAGGGACGAUGAUCUCCAUGUCGAAUGCAAUGACGUGGGGGCCAAGUUUCUUGAAGCAAAAAUAGAUUGUCCAAUGUCAGAAAUAUUUAAUCAUUAUAGUACUGAGGCCGAAGAUUUAGUUUUCCCAACAAACGUACCUUGGACCCCAUCCAAAGAAAAUUUGGUCGUGGCUCAACUUAACCAUUUCAAUUGCGGAGGGAUAGCAAUCAGUGCGUGUGUCUCGCACAAAAUUGUUGAUGGUUCAAGUAUGAUAAAUUUUAUUAAUCACUGGUCAGCCAUGGCACGUAAUCCAUGUGCCCCGGUAUCAUCUUUCCAGUUCAUUGGAGGAUCCAUUUUUCCACCCGUAAGUAUCCCUAUAGCUGAGGCAAUACUUAAAAGUAAAACAAGAGGAAACCAUUGUUGCAUAUCAAAUAAAUACCUCUUCUCGCGGUCAAAAAUAAAUUCCCUCAAGGCUAUGAUUGCCGCAGAAUCAAGAACACAGAGUAGUAGUACUAUUGAUCCUUCUUCUGUUGAAGCUGCAAGUGCAUUUGUCUACAAGUGUAUGGCAUCCAUUUCAACUAGGCCAUCCGUAUUCACUCAAUCGGUCAAUUUGCGAUCAAUUGUGAAAAAAAUGUUGCCAGAAGAGUUCCAAGGUAAUGCUAGUUUCCUCUUCAUGGCACCACAGAUUGCGGACCCCACAGAGAUCAAAUUGCACAAGUUGAUUAGUGAAGUGAGGAAGGAAAAAGAAACGUAUUUCAGCAGAGAUUGGGAAACUAAAAAUUUAGUCACAACAUUGUUUGAAAAAGUUAAGUCGCUUCAGAAUCAACUUGAAAAGGACGACGAUGAGGUUGAUGUGUACAAGUGUACAAGCUUGAGUAAAUUCCCUUUCUGUGACAUGGACUUUGGAUGGGGGAGUCCUAGAAGAAUGUGUUUAGGAAGUGUACCAAUUAAUAAGAAAAUUUUCUUGAUGGACAGCCAAAAUGGGGAUGGAAUUGAAGUACUGGUGAGUUUGAAAGAGGAAGACAUGUCUUCAUUGGAAACUAAUUCAAACUUGCUAGAAUUUGCUUCUCCAAGUUUAGGUUUUUAA